AUGACAGUCAAGAAUAGUUAUAGUUCGAAUAGCUAUAGUAUAUCAUCCAUUAUAGAUCAAUUGACCAUGUCGUCAAGCAACGUGAACAACCACGAGGUAACUCAUCAGCAUCAAAGUCAUGAUUCAAUUCAUUCUGAUCAUUCUAACUCUAAUUCACAAUCACAAUCGAAUUCGCAAUCAAAUUCAUUGUCUCCAUCAAUGGGUAUUAAAUUACCUCCAAUUUCAUUCUUAUCAGGUUCAGUUCCAAGUAGUAAUAAUAAAGUUCAUAAUUUGGGGAUAAGUAGUUUCUUGAAUAAUAAUGAUAAUGAUGACAAGGAGAAGGUAAAGCAAGAGGAAUUACAACCACAACCACAAUAUAAUCAAGUGCAGCCAUUACCGCAACCACAACAAGUUCAACCAGUACAAGUCCAACCACCUCCACAAUCACAGGAAAUAGUGACCCAACCAGAUCAUAACCAUCAUCAAAUUACAAACCCUCAUCAUCACCAUCAUGUUCAUCAUCAUCAUAAUAAUCAAGAGCAUACCCAUAACCAUACUCAUCCUCAUCCUCACAAUCCUCAUCAACAUCAUCAUCACCACCAUCACCAUCAUCAUCAUCAUCCUAAACAAAGUCAAACCACCGAGACUAACAGUAUAGAGGCAACUGCUACUACAAUCACAGAUGAACCUCAUAAAAAGAAACAAAAAGUAUCAAGUGUAUCAACACCACCUAUAACCUUCAAUCUUGAACCAAUACAUGAAUUAAUUAAAGAAUACUUCCCCAAUCGAAAAUAUCUUGGGAGUUUAAUCUAUAAUCCAACCACAACAUGGGAAACCAUUCAAUUUCAAACAUUAUACGGAUUAAAACCAGCUCAUUUAAGUCGAUUUCAAGAAAUUCAAGAGUUAUAUAAUGAUCGAAAACUUACAUCUUCAGCAACCCAUGAAGAGAAAGUAAAAUAUAUCCCAUCUAUACCUCCUUUACCAUUGGAAUAUAUCAAUCAUAUCAUUGAAGUGAAGAUCCCAUAUCGAUUUAUUAAACAGUAUAGAUUAUUAACUAAAGGAGGAAGUGCAAAGAAGAGAGAUGUUUGGGGUGGAGUUCAUGGGAUAUAUACUGAUGAUAGUGAUAUUUUACAGAUCUUACAACAUGUGGGAUUUUUCAAGGGGAACAUUCAAAAUUUAAAACCAUGGAAUGAUGAUUGGACCUAUAAAAAAUUAAUUAAACCAGAAUAUGAUGAAGAAAAUAAAGAAGAAGAAGAAGUUGAAGUAGAUGAAGAUGAUUUUAAAAUAUAUGGAGAUUUAUCAGUCGAGAUUCUUUUAUUACCACCUUUAUUAAAAUAUGUCGGAUAUUAUAAUAAUGGAAUAAAUUCUCGAUCAUGGUUUAAUUUAAAUAAACAUAAUGGAUUAUCAAUAGCGAUUUAUAAUAUUAAAUGGGAAAGUUUUGGCGUUAAUUAUUUUGAUAGAUUAAAUUUCAAACAAUUAAUUAAUGAAAAUCAAUUAGAUGAUAAUAAACGAGAAUUCGGUCAAGGUUGGAAAUUUAAUUUUGAAUAUUAUAAAUUGAUUAAGGAAAAGUAUGAAAAGUUACAAUCUGAAAAGAAAGAGUAA